UCUGGGGUAGCGUUGCCAAUUAGGCUUAAACCUUACUAAAUUCCCUUUUCGAUGUACUCAGACUGUUUUCAGUGACGUCAUAAGCCAGAGUGAGCAGCUUUGCAUUAAAAGUGAAUUUUAUUUCGAAAAUGCAGUAAAAGAAAAAUCGCAAUGCCAACAGGAUAGAUGUCGGAGAUACGUGGAAGAAGAAGAAGCACAACAACGAAGACAGAGAUCAUUACAUUGACAUAUUCAUGCACAUGCAGUCCAGCCAUGUCCAGCUGUCCAGCUGUCCGGCAGGAAUGCCAUCGAAGAGGCGAACAAUGCAGCGGUCAGCCGGAGGAAGCGAGGAGGAACGCACUUGAUGGCCAUGUAAAGUGCGGACUUGUACGUCCCACGCGUAUCAACCUGCAUUUGGGCCAUGGUUGGGGCCUUUGUUUCUGCGUUGACAGCCAUGGCCAGUGGAAAAGUAUCUCACAGUUGGAGCUGCAACUGGGGUUGCGACUGGGGAUGGAGGAGCUCUUUAUCUGCGACAGUGGAAUACAGCGAAUUGCAGACAACUGCAGUCCAUGUUCGAUGCCUGCUUAUCAAAAGGUCUCGCGUGUAACUGUCAAAAAUAUAUAUUGUAGUAGACCAGAACUCGAAGCCAUUCGCAGUUAA